AUGUUUCUUGGAUGUUGCCCAGAUUGUGUUUGUUUUUGUUCUUACAUUUUUCUUUCUUUCUUUCUUUCUUUCUUUCUUUCUUUCUUUUUCUUUUUAAUCUCUCUCUCCUUCUCUUUCUCCGUUUUUUUUUCUUCCUCUCUUUCUCUCUUUCUUUCUUUCCUUUUUUUCAUUCUUUCGCAGUCUUUCCUUCUUUCUUUAUACGCCUUUUUUUCUUUCUUUCUUUCUUUCUUUCUUCCCAUUUUUCUUUCUUUCUUCCUUUCUUUCUCCACUCUUUCUUUCUUUCUUUCUUUUUCUUUCUUUCUUUCUUUCUUUCUUUCUUUCUUUCUUUUCUUUUUCUUUAUUUCUUUUUUUUUUUCUUUCUUUUCUUUCUUUCUUUUUUCUCCUCUUCUUUUUCUUUUUUUCUCUUUCUCUUUCUUUUUUUUUCUUUUUCUUUUUUUUCUUUAUAAGACUUUUUUCUUUCUUUCUUUUUUCUUUUCUUUUUUCUUUCUUUCUUUCUUUCUUUCCUUCUUUCUUUCUUUCUUUCUUUCUUUCUUUUUUUAUUCUUCCUUUCUCUUUUUUUUUCUUUUUUCUUUUGUUUCUUUUUCUUUUUUUCAUUCUUUCGCAUUUCCUUCUUUCCUUUUUUUUCUUUUUUUUCUUUCUUCCCAUUUUCUUUUUCUUUUUUCUUUCUCCUUUCUUUCUUUUUUUCUUUCUUUCUUUCUUUUUUCUUUCUUUUUUUUUUUCUUUCUUUUCUUUCUUUUCUUCUUUUUCUUUCUUUCUUUCUUUUUUUCUUUCUUUCAUUCUUUCCUUCUUUUCUUUUUUCUUUCUUUUCUUUCUUUUUUUUAUCUUCUUUUCUUUCUUUCUUUCUUUUUUUCUUUUUUUUUUCUUUCUUUCUUUCUUCUUUCUUUCUUUCUUUCUUUCUUUUUCUUUCUUUUCUUUCUUUCUUUCCUUAUUUUUUUCUUUCCUUUUUCUCUUUCUUUUUUUUUUUUUUACCUUUUUUUAAUUUCUUUUUUUCUUUUUUCUUUUUUUCUUUAUUACACUUUUUUUUAA